CCCUGACAAUCCUUCGACGCAACGGAAAAUUGCUUUUCUCCUCGACAUGGGAGCACAAAUCAACGUCAUAACACCUGCGACACCUCAUAGAAAGACCUCGAAAACCAUCAUGGUACAAGGGCUAAACGCUGUAGCAACUGCUAUAAGAGUCAAAUUUUGGAUACACAAUUGCGACAAACCCCUUGAAGCAGUUCUAGGGGGCAUGAACAUCUUGGGCGUUCCAGGCAUCAAGACGCUGCAGUUAAAAGGCUUAAUAGUUCAGGCUCUUCCAUUUUUCAUUGCUGAGCCCGACCGACACCAACCUACGCUUCGUGACACAUCUACCUGGCGUUAUAAAUCAAUCCCGACCAAGCGACAUCUUCGGGAAGCCCUUGUCGCCCUUUUACAGAGGCUCGAACAACAGGGAUGUAUAGUACCAGUAGCGGCCAGUACCCACCUAUCGCCUGGGUGGGGAAUCGCGAAGCCCGGAAAACCCAACGAAGUCCGACUUGUAGUCGAUUUCCGUGAGGCUAAUAAACGGUGUCUCCCACUUAUGCAACCCAAUGCUUUUACGCUAACCCAGUGUCUAUAUGAGAUGGCAAGGUUUCAAGGGGGCAAGUGGUACGGGACAACCCUUGACCUCAAGGACAUGUUUUUCUCCAUCCCGAUUAUUGACAACAGCGGAAUCCUAAACAUCUGUGUCGAGGGUAUGAUGUACCGAUGGACAGUAUGCCUGCAGGGAUAUCACAACUCUCCUGCCUUGGCCACAGGCGCAAUGAACGACACAUUUAAAGACUUUCGAGCCUCCCAUCCUUUGCCAGCGGAAGAUAAAACUCAAAAUUUGGAGUUAUGUUGAUGACCUCGCCAUUAUGGGUCGUGAUCAGCAAGAUGUUGCUGAGGUCACCCGCCGUCUAACCGACCAUCUCCAUGCUAAGGGCUGGACAGUUAAUUUGAAAAAAAUCAAACUUGCAACCCACAAUGGAUAUUACAUUCUUAGGCACCAGGUUUACCGGCGCAACUAGAUCCGGUGUCACACACGACGAAACCCCGGAGCUCGGUACCCUCGAAGAGCCAUUACCAAUGCACAAGAAGCAAUUUCAACGACUCUUGGGACAUCUUAAUUGGUAUCAACAUUACAUCACUCCGCAUUACCUUCCGAUAUUAGCGAGGCUCCAACGUCAGACCCGCGACAAGUUACGAAAAGCCACACCUUGGACGGACAAGGACAGAAAGGAUCUUCAUAAUCUUCUCCACGCCGUAAAAAACAUGCCACUUCAGGCACUUAACCUCACUGAGACAUUGGUAAUCACUUUGGGGUAUACUGCCAAUCAUGUAUGGGCCACUGCCCAUAACCCCCAAAACGAACUGGUGUAUGCCUCGCACAAAGCUCUUCAGGCGGCACAACAUCGCUACGGAGCCUUUGGAAAACUUCUGUUGGCAGAAAGACUCGUCACAUUACUAUCCCAGGGGCAUGGAACGCUUCGAGCACCUGCUGCUACUCUCUUACCUUUACUGGACGCCACAAAGGUCGAUUCACAGUUCCAAGGGGAACCGGCUACUUGGAACGAAAUGGUAUUGCAUUAUCACUAUCGUUGGUGUUGCUGGAAGUGCGAAGACUUGCCGCCCAGUCCUGACGCAAAAGAUAACUCAACGCCCACUCUCUAUGGGACCAUAGCCCCGGCCUGGAUGGCCUCCGACGGUACUAUUCGACAUGGAGGGGGCUAUGGGUUCUAUUGCAAACCGUGCCAUGACGUGGAAUUAUACCGCGCUCCAGAAGGAGCCACCGCCCAAAGAAACGAACUCUUGGGUUUUGAAGUUGUCAUCCGCCACAGUCUUCAACAUCACGACAGGACGCUUCCGACUCCCAUCAUAGCUAUUGAUUCCCAGUAUGUCUACAAAAUUGUUACUGGCGCAGUGACUGCGGUGGAAAACCUAGAGGACUGGGAAAGAAUCUGGGACCUGUUAUCCCAGUUUAUUGUUCUACCGCUUGUAAAGCACACCAAGUCGCAUAAACUUGAAACUGAUCCUGUACAUGAAAUCAAUCGACAAGCUUCUAGAAGACCCUCUUCGGAGUGAUGUUGUCAUAGUUGCCAAGGCAGGCGACCCCAAAACGCAGUUCGAUCCAUUCCUCACGUGGCUGCAUGAACACUGGGGACACCCAGGCCCAAGGGUUAGUCACCUACGUUGGCGAUCCACCACAGUGACUCCCGCACCCUAUGGCACAAGGCUGGAGCGCUAGACGCACAGCAGUUUGCACCCGGAAAGGUCUGGCAAGUUAUCCCCCUGCGAAAAAGCAAUGCCGUAGCUAUUAUAUCGGCUUUUACUACAGCAAUUGCCAGUUGGAAAACCCCUAACACAAUUCAAUCAGACGGAGGUCCACCGUUUAAUUCCUCAGCGCUCGACAAAUUCGCUCACCUCCAUAACAUCACUUGGCAUCUACACUUACCGUACCAUCCUCAAUCCAAUGGAGUAGUAGAAAGGCACAUUGGCCUCUACAAAGAGCGAUUACGCUUGAAAGGCGGUGGAACCUUCAAAAACUGGACGAAAUUGAACAACGAUGUCCUUAUAUCACUGAAUGCAGAUAAGACAUUGUGGGAUGAAUCCACUUCCUGGGCCCCAAAACCACGGGUCCCAAAAUUUGCACCCAACGAAUUAGUCUGGAUUACCAUUCCACAUCCACGUCAGCCACAUCCACGUAUCCACAAAGGAACCGUCGUCCGUCCAGAACAGUAUCCAAACACCUACACCGUUACCUUCGUCCAUGACAACCGACCAACUACGCUCCUCGCCCAUCACAACUGGUUGUCUCGACGCGCAAACUCAUAUGCAAUGACCUCUUAGGUUGUAAAUCAGUUACUGUCUUGUCUUUUCUUUUCUUUUUCUUUCAGCUCCAGCUUUCGAGUCGUCCAGCAUUUGAUGACGUCAUGAUCCUUUUGUGCCUACUGGUCCUCCUGUGUCGAGCGAGCCCUCUACAGGAGCAAGUAUUUCGAUUCGCCGUCACCAAGUUACCCGUGAACCCUACCAGCACCAGGACACUUGGAGCCAACUACCCUGGCACAAACGUUUAUGGGAAACCUUAAAAUGGGGGGCGGAAUCCCUCAUUCCCGGAUAUGGGGGAACCAAGGUCCGCCUAGCCCUUGUUCAACUCAUCGAACAAGUAGAAGAACUCACCAAGACGACCCGCACAGCGAUACAACUUCUUGACCUCCAGCUACAAGCUACCUCCCAAAUGACUUUACAAAACCGCUUAGCAUUAGAUGCCAUUCUUCUUCAACAAGGUGGACUUUGUCAAUACCUUAAUCUUUCUCAUGACCAUUGUUGUAUUGCCAUUCCCAAUGUUUCCCUUCCCUUAUCUCUACAGAUCGACAAAAUGAAGAAAAUUGCAGAAAAUGUCAACCGCCUCUCGGGUAUAGGCCAAGGCUGGCUUUCUGACCUUUUCCGUUGGUUUGGGUGGGACACGUCAUCAUGGCUCCUCAACUUGCUAAUACCCCUCAUUACGCUUUUGUUACCGAUUGCUGUAUUUGUGUGUUUUAGUUGUUGGAUUUUACAGUAUCUCAAACAAAGUUAACCACGCUUUCUGCUUUUGUAUACACUCGCUUGCCAAACACUACUAAUGAUAACGAAAAUGGUCUAUACGUAAACAUGAUGUAAUGACUUGCUGUGCCAUGGGCAAGGGGGCAUGUCACAACCCAAUUAAGUAGUGCCCAUGUCACAAGCAUUAUCACACGUACCAUUCGAAGCAGUUUUAUUUUGCACUAGGUUAACUAAGGGUUAACAAGAUGAUAGUAACAGCCUUCUUUGCUGUGCAUGCCAAAAAGAAAUUUAUAACUGCGCCACUAACAGAAAAUCUUGCUUUCUAUGCUUUACAUAAAUCAUUAUAAUUGGUCCGAGUGACAGGGGAGUAGCCCUGCAUAAAACACCCUAGCGAAAAACCGCUAGGUAAUUGGCAAUUCUAAUUAAAUUUAUGACGUGGCAAAAAGCAAUUGGCUAUUAUACAAAUAAAACCCGCUUGUACUUCCGCGUAGUCGGAGACCUCCGUACGCACCUUGGAGACCUCUGAACAUACGUGUCAGAGUAAACUGGCGAUCCGAUCAGUUGCCAGUUCGUCCCCCCGUCUUCGACCCUACCUCAGACGUAAUCGACGACUGCCGGCCCGACCAAUUCUGCCCGACCACUUUUGCAAACCGACCUACUUUGCAGACCGACCUACUGAACUCUAAGCUGUAACUAACUAAGUAUCUCUGACCUCCGUCAUUCACCACCG